CCUUACUUCCGGGCCAUGUUCACCAGGCCCUUUAGAGAAUGCUGGGAAAGGCAAGUUGUGUUCGAAGACAUGCCCUCUUCUGUCCUUCAAAAAAUUCUAGAUUAUCUCUACACUGGAGAGCUGUUGCUUACACCAGAGACUGCUCAGGAUCUCUUCACAGCUGCCAAUAGGCUUGUCAUCCGCCCACUGCAGGAGAUUAUUGGCAGAUUCCUUGCUGAAAGCAUUUCUAUGGACAGCUGCCUGGGGAUUUAUGCUUUGGCAUAUGCUCACAACCACCAAGCUUUGCUUGGUGUGGCCGCACGCCACAUCACCAUUAACUUUGAACCUCUUUCUCAACACGAGGCCUUUCCAGGCUUGGAUCCCAGCACGGUGAUCAGCAUUGUCUCCUCAGACAAACUCCUGGUGUCUUCUGAGCUGAUCGUCUACCAUGCUGUGCAGCGCUGGGUGAGGUCUCAACCAGCUGAGCAUCUCUCACUGAUCAAGAAGCUGCUGAAACAAGUCCGCCUCCCGCUUCUUACUUCCGAGGAGAUCACUAUAGUCCAGAAGGACAUAAUUGAAGAAUAUGGACAUGCUCACCUGCAGUGGGAGCAGCUAGAUGGAGAAGGGAGGUUGCGGAAGAGUGGGGGCCUCAGGCACGGCAUGUACGAUGACUGGAUUGUGAGCUUGGGCCUUUUUGUAAGCAACAUGCAGGGAGGCGUAGUUGAACGUCUGAAAACUCACUUCCUGGGAUUCAGCCUGCAGACAGAAAGCUGGGAGGAGAUACCACCCCUGAUGUAUCUAGAUUCCUCUGGCUUCUUGUCUGUGGGGCACAAGCUCUACGUCUCUGGGGGACAAAGGCUUAAUGGCUCCGUCUUAGGGAACCUGCAUGAGUUUGAUGCUCUUACCGGCCAGUGGAUGCAGCUGCCAUCCAUGUCCACCCCUCGGCGAGAACAUGGUUUCCUAGCAUGUAAGCAGAAGCUGUAUGCUUUAGGGGGUCGGAGUGGCCGAAGUGUGCUUGAUUCUGCAGAAAGCUUUGACCUAGUGCAGAAGUCCUGGUCUCCCAUUGCCAACCUGCCAUUUGCAGUGAGUCAUUUUGCCUCUGCCACAUUGAAAAACAAGCUCUACCUGAUUGGAGGCUUCUCUCACACAAGGGCAAGCGGCCUUGCUCACAGGGGCAUUCUGAUUUAUGAAACAGGUUCCGAUGUGUGGAAUCAGGUGCCUCUGGCUUUUCAGUGCUACAAAUCCACAGCUGUGACCAUGGACAAUGGGAUCUUCGUCAUCGGUGGGCUUGUUGAGGAGAGCAGCCGGCGCGAGACACCCGGCACUGUAAUCAGGGCCCUGAUCUCUGGCACCCACAAGUGUUUCUUCCUCAGCAAGGAUGGCACUGUGAGCUACGACGUCACCAUCCCAGAACUUCCUAUCCUGGUCUUGCCACCUUGUGCGGUGCAGUGGCAGAGAAGAAUCCAUGUGCUGGUAGGGAAUACAAUAUACCAGUGGAAGCCCGGAGAGCCCAGCUGGACCAGGAGUCGAAAAAGUGCUCCCAACACAAGAGUAACAUUCUUAACUGUAGUUAACGGGGUAACACUGAGGGUCCCAAAGAAAAAUCUCCAGCCCCUUUUACGAGAAGCCUCUGCAGCCUUGACAGCAGUUUGGGUGGCUGAUAAUUAG